AAACGGAAGCUGAAGCCCAAGCAAAAGGGGGAGAAGUGAACUUCACACUUUCUGAUGAGUGAUGAGUUCUUAUAUUUAUAUACAAAAAAAAAAUCUGGUGUUGUGAGUCGCGGCCGUGUUCCAAGCAACAAUCAUCAUAACCGAUUAAUCACUGUGAUAAGAUAAGAUUGAAAAGAUGUUUAGGGACGUGUCAAGCUGCAACACGUACAACUACGGCGAGGCUGUGUAUUGGGACGCGCGCUACAUCCAAGAGGAUGGUUCCUGCGAUUGGUACCAGCGUUAUUCUGCUCUCAGGCCUUUUGUUCGCAAUUUCAUCCCUCUUUCUUCCAGGAUUCUCAUGGUUGGUUGCGGCAAUUCUGUUAUGUCAGAGGAUAUGGUCAAAGAUGGUUACGAGGACAUCGUCAAUAUUGAUAUUUCUUCAAUUGCAAUUGACAUGAUGAGUAGAAAAUAUGAGCACAUCCCACAGCUAAAAUACUUGCAGAUGAAUGUCAGAGAUAUGAGCUUGUUUCCAGAUGAAUCUUUUGAUGGUGUUAUUGAUAAAGGAACUCUUGAUUCAUUGAUGUGUGGUACUGAUGCUCCAAUUAGUGCUGCUCAGAUGCUUGCUGAAGUUUGUAGACUACUAAAACCUGGAGGGACCUAUAUUUUGCAAGACCAGGAUUUCAAAAGCCCGAGAGUAGUACACCAUCAAGAAAAUCAUACUUGGAGCCCAUCGCUCUUACUGAAAAGGGCUUACUUUCAGCAGAUUUCGUUCUGGAAGAUCCAGAUUCUCACUAUAUAUAUGUUUGUAAAAAGAUAAAUGACACAGAGAUAGACAAUAAUACCUGCAUACCAAUUAACAGCUGAUGUUUUAUAGAUCUGACUUACAUUGAAGCACUGAUGAAGGUAGUAUUUAUCCUCUUCACAAACUUUGAUGUGCAUCAUAGUUAUUUAAGUGGUUGCUUUUGUCAUCUGUACCACUGGGACAAGUUACCACCGUCAAUGUGUUGUUUGCAAUAGCAUUUUAUUCUCAUAAAUUAGAGUAAUGAAGUUAGCAUGUAGAGAUUAUUGGUAUUAUUAGAAUCUUAAAGAAAUCAGACAAAUUGACUGAUUAAUGUAUUGUUUUGCCCGUGAUUUUGUCUGGAUGAAUGGAUUAUGGUUGUAACAUGUAAA